AUGUCAACAGGUCACACAUGUAGGGAUAAUACAAAGAUCAGGUCAAUGCAGCAGCAAGGUGCAGAUUGGAAUCCUAAGAAAUUAUAUAACAGCGGUAUAUAUGUCUUGACCAACCUUGAAGGUGAUGACAUGAAGUCUUGUUUGGUUGAAGACACAUUAUUAUCUGGAAAAGACGAGGAGGCAGUUGAUGAGGGAGAAGAUGAUGCAGAAGGAGAGACGAUUGACUGCUGCAGCUCUUUUGUUGCUGUUCCUUCCUCUGGUCAGAGACGAUCGACUUCUGCUGCUCCUUCCUCGUUGGUUACAAGGAUAUAUGUUGGUGAUGGAAAGGUUAUCCAUUUCACUCGUGGCGGAGGCCACGAAAUUGGCACAGGAACAGUUUUAGAUCGCAUCAUUUUCAGCUCGUCUCCCUCUAAUCCUUCGGACAACCCAUGCGCCAGAUGUGGUGAUCAAUCAAGGGCUGAUGGUGUCAUCUCUUCAUGCCUUGAGUGUUUUCUUUCUGGUGGUGAACUAUAUCUGUUUGAGUAUGCUGUAUCACCAGCAUUCUUUCUUGCUAAAGCUCGAGGAGGAACCUGCACGCUUGCGCGUUCUGAUCCACCUGAGGAUGUCCUCCAUCGUGCUGAGUUCCUCCUCCUGAAUGGAUUUGGAGGCUACCAUAUCUUCAAGAACAACUGCGAGGAUUUUGCAAUCUACUGUAAGACAGGUUUACUUGUCUUUACUAGUGUCAGUGUGGGGCGUAGUGGACAGGCGGCAUCAUAUUUAGCUGCUGCCAGUGCUGUUGUUUCUUCACCACUUCGCUUCUUGACUACCAGCUUUAGUGGUCUGGCUGUUGUGAAUUGUGCUAUCUAUUGUGUUAGCCGGUUUGUUUCUGACAUUGGGGUACGUCGUGAUGUGAUCAGAAUCCCGGUUGAGAGACUUGUUGCCCGUUCUGGCUUAUUAGAUGAGUCAGAAGCUGCAACUGAGACGGCCAAGGAAGACUAA